CUAUUAUUCCUCUUUAAUCCCUUUAUUUUUUUCUAAUGGCCCGCUAAUACCUGCUGCUACUAAGGAAAAGUCCGGAGACAUGGGGCCUGGGGUGUGUGGCGUGUGUGGUGAGACGCAGGCCACCAUGACAAGACCCGGGACCCGCUUUACGCUUUCCCGAGGUGCGUCUACCUGCUGGCUGGGCGAUUCCGGAGCUUGUGCGUGGUUUCGUUUAUAAUAUCGUCAAUGACUCCUUCGACCUCUUUUUCUCCUUCUGAUUCUUCUCUUCUUCUUCUUCUUUCAUCUUCUCCAAUCCCCAACUUCCCCUCUUCGUCUUCUUCAUUCCCCCGCCAUCUCUCCUCCUCCAAUAAACCCCCACUACCCCUCCAAGUGACAUCACUGUGACCCUUUUGCGCAUUGAAUUCACAAUAACCUCAGAAAUCCAACAAGAUGGCGUUCAACAACAUGAUCAACGUCGCCGUCAACCCUGACACCGAGGACGAGCUCUUCGCCAAAGAGGUUGCUGAGGUCAAGGCCUGGUGGAGUGACUCCCGCUGGCGCCACACCAAGCGUCCCUUUACCGCUGAGCAGAUUGUCUCCAAGCGUGGUAACUUGAAGAUUCAGUACCCUGGUAACGCCCAGUCCAAGAAGCUGUGGCAGAUUAUCGAGAACCGGUUCGCCACCAAGGAUGCUUCUUACACUUACGGCUGCCUUGAGCCCACCAUGGUCACCCAGAUGGCCAAGUACCUUGACACCGUCUACGUUUCUGGAUGGCAGUCAUCUUCUACUGCCUCGUCUUCUGAUGAGCCCGGCCCUGAUUUGGCUGAUUACCCCUACACCACUGUCCCCAACAAGGUUGGCCACCUCUUCAUGGCCCAGCUCUUCCACGACCGCAAGCAGCGCCAGGAGCGUCUGACUACUCCCAAGGAGAAGCGCGGCGAGGUUGCCAACAUUGACUACCUCCGCCCCAUUGUUGCCGACGCCGACACUGGUCACGGUGGUCUCACUGCCGUCAUGAAGCUCACCAAGCUCUUCGUUGAGAAGGGUGCUGCUGGUAUUCACAUUGAGGACCAGGCUCCUGGUACCAAGAAGUGUGGCCACAUGGCCGGCAAGGUUCUUGUCCCCAUCAGCGAGCACAUCAACCGUCUCGUUGCCAUCCGUUCGCAGGCCGACAUCAUGGGCUCUGACCUCGUUGCUAUUGCCAGAACCGAUGCUGAAGCUGCCACCCUCAUCACCUCCACCAUCGACCCCCGCGACCACGCCUUCAUCAUGGGUAGCACCAACCCUGACAUCCAGCCCCUCAACGACCUCAUGGUCGCUGCUGAACAGGAGGGCAAGUUCGGUGCCGAGCUCCAGGCUAUCGAGGACAACUGGCUGACCCAGGCUAACCUCCAGCGCUUCGACGAUGCUGUCGUCGCUGCCAUCGAGAAGUCUGCUAUUGCAGACAAGGUCCAGGCUGCUGCCGACUACAGAGCUCAGGCCAAGGGCAAGAGCAACAACCAGGCCCGCGCCAUCGCCAAGGGCCUUGGUGUCGAGGUCUUCUUCGACUGGGACGCUCCUCGUACCCGUGAGGGUUACUUCCGCCUCAAGGGUGGCUGCGACUGCGCCAUCAACCGUGCCGUCGCCUACGGUCCUUACUGUGAUGCUGUCUGGAUGGAGAGCAAGCUCCCCGACUUCGCCCAGGCUAAGCAGUUCGCUGACGGUGUCCACGCCGUUCUCCCCGAGCAAAAGCUCGCCUACAACCUCUCUCCCUCUUUCAACUGGAAGACCGCCAUGUCCCAGGAGGACCAGGGCACCUACAUCCGCCGCCUCGGUGAGCUCGGUUACUGCUGGCAGUUCAUCACCCUCGCUGGUCUGCACACCACCGCGCUCAUCUCGGACCGCUUCGCCAGCGCCUACGCUUCUCAGGGUAUGCGCGCCUACGGUGAGCUCGUCCAGGAGCCCGAGAUGGAGCAGGGUGUCGAUGUCGUCAAGCACCAGAAGUGGAGUGGUGCCAACUACGCUGAUGAGCUUCUUAAGAUGGUUACCGGCGGUGUCAGCUCAACAGCUGCCAUGGGUGCCGGUGUGACUGAGGACCAGUUCCAUUAAAAGGUGUUUGAUGAUAUGGAUAAUGGGAUAUUGUUGUCGGGUUUAUAAUGCGUAUUUUCUUUGUCAGUCAAGAUGUAAACGACACCUAGUAUAUGAAUCGAAAUAAACAAAAAUAGACGAAACUUCGUAUUCAAUGGGGAAUCCCUACAUGCUUGAAGUGAAAUUGUGUUUUGUUGUAUAAUGACAUUGUACUGUACACGUGUGUGGGUGCAGCAGACGC